UGAACUCUUUUCUGGUGGAGGUAAAAAACUCAAACGAUGACAUGGAAGGCAGACUACUACUCGUGUUUACAUGUCUUGUUUCGUGUUUAUUUGCAAAUAAUGUUUACGAUGUAGAAAAAUUUCAAGUGGAAAAUGAAGAUGGGACUACUCAGAUAUUCGAAGUUAAACGCUUAGAACCUGUAAAUGGCGAAUCAUGCGCCAUUUGCUCACAGAACACGGUGAACUCGUCUCCUCGGCUAACCCCUAUUCGCUCUAAUGUUUUCAUUGCAGUUGGGGAGGUGGCAACAGAUUGCGAGGAGAACUCAGCCAAGCUUCCUACUGGUCUAUGCUCAAAUGCUAAAGACCGAGGUCACUGCUCCAGAGAUACUCUUUCUUGUGACCAUUCCCCCGAGGAUUUAGCAGAAGACCUUGCAGCUACUGAGAUGGUCCCAAUGCAAACAAAAAAUUAUGACAUUGAUUCAAAAUUAGCUCUUGGAUUUGUGUCAAUAAAUAUCGGGAAUCUUGAUGAUGCUAUGCAGAUAUUCAACAGCAUUCUCUCAUAUCAUCCAGAUACAGUUGGAGCACAUUAUGGUCGGGGUAUUGUAUACCAGAGAAUGGGAAUUCAGGAAAUUGCAAAUGCUGCUAAAAGUAUUCGUGAAUUCACUGAAGCCAUAAUGAAAGACAAUAGCUACCAUGAAAUUUAUGAAAGAAGAGCAGAGUCCUACAUAGCUAUUCAACAUUUUGCGGAUGCUUUGAAAGAUCUUAAUAUGGCUGCCAAAUCAAGUCCUUCCAAGCGGCUAUACUUCAUUCGAGGCAUUGUUCAUCUUUUGUUGGAGAACUUUGCCGAGGCAGAGGAAGAUUUCAGGAAAAAUUUAGACCCAGAAAAUUCUUUACAUGUGGGCUCCAACUUCCAUCUUGGUUUGGCCCUGUAUUAUCAAGGAAAAGUUAGAAAUGCCAUUGAGGUGUUUAAAGAUGUUUUGAAAUUAAAGCCAGAUCAUGUAGAAGCAUCAACUAGCUUAGGCCAAGCAUUCAGAGAACUGGGAAAUUUAAAGCCAGCUUGGAAGAGAUUUAAUCAGUCCAUUCAUAUGAACCCCAAUCAUGCUCAGACUUGGCAGUUGUGGGGGAGCAUGUUAUAUACGAUUGGGGAACACAGAGCUGCCAAACUUAAUUUUGAUAAAUGCUUGAAGAUUAAUCCGUCCAAUAUAAACUGUCAGUAUAUGCAGUCCUUGACUUAUAUUGCUUUGGGAAAAUAUUACCAGGGACUCAAGUCAUCUAUGAAAGUGAUGAUAAAUAAUACUCCAGCCAUUAAAGCCACACCUGAGUUUAUCAAGGCCCACUAUCUCCGAGAAUAUGCAAGAUUUCUUCAUUCAAAACUGGAUACACCAUUAGUGGAUUUAAAUAUAGAUAAUUUUCAUCCUGAAUUCAAAGACAGGUGGACUAAACAGUUUCCUUUCCAGUUUAAGAAUACUUAUAAAGAACAACCUGGGCUUCAGCCUGAAAUUAAUGAUGUUUCCUAUGUAUCUAUUAUGGAGUAUGGUAGAGAACUUCAAGGGCUGAUCUGUAAAGCUCACAGAGUUGGUCUGUCCAUGCAGGUAGCAGCAGAUGGCUAUUUACCAAGUAGAAGACAUAAUUUUGCCAUGGGGCUGGCAUCAAUGCAUAUUGCUCAACUCUUAGAUAAAAGGUGGAGAGAAAUAAGAUUAAAUAAACAAAUAGAUAGAUCCCUGGAUUGGAGGGAGGUUUUUAGUAUAGCGGUUCAGUAUCGCAGGUUGAUUGAUCCUGAACAGCCAAUUUUCUGGUUAGACAAAAUGCCUGACCAUGCCACAGACGAUGGAUAUCACACUGAGAUUAACUUUAUCAAAGGAGAUGUGCAAAAUAUUAAAGUUAUGCAGUAUUAUGAUUUGGUGUUUAAGCUAGCUAAAACCAUGCUGGAACAUUAUGCAGGGGAUGGGGCAAUUUUUUAUCAUGAUUUAAGACAAGAUGUUGAAAGAGCAAAAACAUGUGAAGAUUUACUGAUGAUAGCUAGAAAACGGAAUAUAAAUGAAAAUGGUUUCAUGGUUUCUACACAAGUGCCAAGUUCAAGGAAUGAUGAGAGAUUAGAUGGUUCUAUGGUUGUUUUGUCACGUGAUAUGAGUAACAAGAUGACUUUUGCCAUUAGUAUUGUUAAUAACAAAGCUCGUACUCAACUCUACCAUGCUGAAAUAGAUGCAGUGUUUAAUCAGAUUCAAGAAGAAAUAAAAAGAAUAGGAAUAGGCAAAGCACUGAACACAGACUCAGUUAUGGAUAAAAUUUUGACAAUGAUGUAUUACAUUUAUAAUCUGAUGCCACUCACAAGGGGAAAUAGUGCUGUAAUAUACUCAGUGGCCAUGGGCAUCAUAAUGUCUGUUAACAAGUUUGUUUUUGGAAAGAUUCCAAGUGGAAAGCUAUUAGAGAUGGAAGCCAUUUUGUCUGGUGCUCCAGAUGCCUUUAUUUUAGUGACAAAAAAUUGGAUGAAUGUUAAAGG